CUGGGAGGGUCAGCAGAGGAGCUGCUAACAAAAGAAGCUGCUAAACCGUUUUAACUUUUAUUUAUCGUUACAACUGUUGUUAUUUUUGACACGUUUUGUAAAAGAAAAAAGCCACAACGCGGGUUCUUGUGGUUUGUUUUACUUGAAUAAGAUGGUCGUUUUGACAGAUAACAAUGAAGAACAGGAUUAUAUCCUGAUAGAGGAGCGUAAAUGCAGCUCCCUGCCCAGCUCUCCCGCCAAACGAGUGUCUCCCACCAAAAAGAAGCAGUUCUUUAUCAAUCAAGCCAUCCGCAACUCUGACCUCACUCCCCGAGCCAAAGGCAAGAAGAGCCUCCGCCGACAGGAGAACACGCGCUUCCUUGCUAAUCUUCUUGAGAAGGAUGAGUGCUCCAAAGAUGAUCUGGAGGUUUGCAGUAAUCCAGCCAUCCCGUCCAUCUUCACUGAAGCCUGCACCAACGGAAACUACGUCGAGCCUUGGAAUGACUUCAUGAAUUGCUCUGGUGAGGAGCAGGAGAGGCUGUUGUCUCUGCUCGAGCAGGAGGAUGCCAAGAAGAAAAAUGCCAACCGGCUCCUUAAAGACCAGAGGAAUGUAAAUCCUGCCUUCACUGCUCAGGACUGCUUCCAGAGAAUCGAUCGAAGGCUGCGAGCGACUCUGAAACGAAAACAAAUCCCCAUGGGAACUCUGGAAGUGCUUGAGGAACACCUUCUGAGCUUCUUCAAUGCUCAACCUCACUCAGUUUACACAACCAACCUCGCCAGCAGCUUUGAGAGACUGCUGCUUCACGCCGUCUGCCAGUAUAUGGACCUCGUCUCUGCAAGCACCGACUACAAUGGGUCACGUCAGACUGAAGUGGUGAACAAACAAGAGGAGUUCCUGCCUCCCGGCCUCCUGCUGUCUGCCUACCUGGAGCAGAUGAGCUGAGACAAGGACCAUGCUGUGUUCUCCCUCUCCCUCCAUGUGGCUCCACUGCAGGCAGGAGCUCUGUGAGAUGUAGUUAAAGUACGCGGUCUGUACGUAAUGUCUGCCAAACUCGACCCCGGUCUCACAGACGCAAAAAUGCCUGCUUACUUUUUCUCUGGUUUCUGUAGUAAAUUUUCCAUUAAUUUUAUCUAUAAACAAAAUCAGUUCAUUCACCUCCUUGUGUGUAUACAGGGUAUACAUGUUAAAUUCUACAUAAACACGAGUAUGCUAGCAUUUAUUAGCAUUCAGCUCAAAGCACAAGUUGACACAUAAAUCUUACUCUGAUGAAAUAUGACCCACGACUAACAGAGCUGAGCCUGACAAGCUUCAAUCUGAGAUGUCCAGCUAUACACGAGAUGAUCGCUUUUGAUUUAGGUAACAUCUCUCAAGCCAUUAUUUUGCCCCACUAGUAAGCAGAUUAUUAAACUUUCUGGUGUUUAAUAAGCAUUACAGUAUCAUGAAACGGCUGGUGUGGCUUUAGACUUUUACUCUUGUUUAAGAAAUAAUUAACUGCUGUUCACAUACAGCGUUGGCAAUGAAAUUAAUUCAAUUUUAUUUAUUUACUCAUGGAUAUAGUAACAUAUAAUUCUCAUGAAUGAGUCUUAAAAUUGCAACAAUGUAGUAAAAUCAUGAUCUGAUCAGUUAAUGUGGCGUUCAUGAUACAAUUCAAGCAAAUUUCAAUAUGAUUAACAGCAGGCAAAUAUUAAUAAUCUGUGUUCUUUUUGACAAUGCAAAUAAUAGAAUUUCACAACAUAAGUUCAGACAUUAAAUCUUACACUAACUGUAAGUAAAUCUCACAUUAUUGCCAUACUGUUGACUUUAAUGUCAGGUGAACACUGUCAACUGAAGUUUUCUUACACAUCUUGUUACAAAUGAAAUGAUGAUGAUGUCACUAACUGAUGUCAUUAUAUCACUAAUAUUUUUCGUAUGAGUUUCAAUCCUAAUUUUGCCAUGAGAUGUCUAAGAGUAGAAACAACAUCUUCCAACACUGAUUGGUGGGGAAGUUGUAGUUGUGGGUAGUGAGCUCAUAUUAAAGGUCAAAAACUAUUUUUAAAAAGUGCUGAAACAUCAACUAUUGGCAGUAAUGACAUAAAAUGAAUGGAAGAUUUACUUGGAACCUGUUUCUGCUGUAUAAAGACUGUAUGAGAUGUGA